UAAUAACAAUAAAGCAACGAUUAGCUUUAACGAGACUUAAAAGGAUAACGAGGUGCUUGGCUCCUAUUUAAAUGCGAGAGCGCGAAAGUGAAUAAGAGCAAAACAAUGAGGGCGAUCGCUUUACUAAGUCUUCUGCUGUGCAGCGCGCUGAUGUCGGAUGGCUCGAGAACCAUCCCCGAACUGAAACUGGAGAUUUUGAACCAGAUCCUGCCGAAAAACGAGAAUGAGAUUAUGAUCGCUCCGGGGAAUUUGACGAAGGAUUGCACCGAGGUCGAGGCAACGCUCUACGUGCUCAACAUUGACGAAAUCAACGAGCUGAAGGGGGAAAUUACGCUCAGAAUGUACUUUCGGCAAUACUGGAAGGACUACAGGUUGAAAUACCUCCCGAACCCUCUUUUUGAGUACGUUCUAAUCAACAAUGAUGACGCAAUUUGGGUGCCCGACACCUUCUUUCCGAGCGAGAAGAAAUCGCGCUCCUUCGACUCCCUACGUCCUAACGUGCUGAUCAAGAUCUUCCCCGACGGAUCAGUUACUUACAGCAAAAAACUUUCAGUAACCCUAAACUGCCCGAUGGAUUUCGACAGCUACCCCUUCGACCGGCAGGUGUGCAACAUGCGCUUGGAGUCUUAUGGCAGCACCGCGGAGCACAUGAAGCUGAAAUGGAAGGCGGAGAAUCCGCCAGUUGGAAUCUACUCAAAGAACCCGGUGCCGGUCUUUCGGCUGCAAAAGCUGGUCAGCUCCUACGGAAUGGUCCACAUGCAAAAGAACUACAGCUUCUUGGCGGCGGACUUCUACUUCAGCCGCAGCUUGAACUACAGCAUGUACAACAUCUACUUGCCAGGCAUCGCCAUGGUGUUCCUGUCGUGGUUGCCGUUUUGGAUGAACAAAAAGAUGAUCACCACCCGCCUCCUUUUGAGCGUGGGAGCUCUGCUCUCGUUCUUCGCCAUGCUCUGUCGAUUUGGCGAGAGGCAACCGCAGUCGCGGUACUCCAGCUCCAUGCUCUGGUUUUCGGGCACCUGCACGUCGUUCCUCAUCCUGUCGUCGGUGCUCUCCGUACUGGUCCACAUUUUCGAUCGAGAUAAUGUCGCACCGAUUAAAAUCGUCGAAAAUGGAGAGGGCGAAAUUGAAGUAAAAAAGCUGAGCUUGAAAAUGAUGAUGAAAAAGCUGCCAAGCGAAAUUGGUUGGUUCGACUUUGGAGCACGUGCUGUUUUUCUACUCGCGUUCGCCUUGUUUUGCGUGAUUUACUUUGUGUCAUCGGGCGCCUUCAGUGCGGACGAGGCUAUUCCUGUCACCAAAUCAUAAUAUCAUAACUACUUCCGCUAAAGUUAUUGUUAAUGAUUGCAUUUGAAAACGCUUAAUAAACGAAUAAUACAAUAAAAUCAUCCAUAAGUA